UAUGUUUGUAGUUGGUGUUGAAGCUGCUGGUAAAGCAUGGAAAUCAGUUGCUACAAGACAUGAUCUACUAGCAGUGAAGGAGAAGGAGAGAGAGACAAAAGGGAAGAGAGGAGGGAAAGGAGGAGGAGGAGCAUCCUCUACUGAUGGAUCAGGAAAUGCAUUCACUCAAGCAAGACAAAAACUUGAUAAAAGAGGAGAGGAUUUAUCAAGGAUUGAGGAACAAACAGAAAAGCUUGCCACUGAUGCUGAUGACUUUGCUUCUGUUGCUGAAAGGCUUGCUGAGAAGUAUCGAAAGAAAAGAUUUUAAUUCAUUGAAAUUGUAAAAUAAAUUUAAUGCACAUACACACACACGCUUAACUAUGUUGCUAUUAGU